AUGAUAACGGACGACUUGCUUCCACCCGGCGCCAUCCGACCAGAAACGAACGACAUUUCCAACAAGACUAUGGGUCCUCCAAUAUUAUCUGAAGCCGGUCGUGGGACGUGCGUGUUUCCAGUUGAAGGGGUUGCGGCCCAGCAGAAAGUAAAAUCCCGGACAAAGGGCGAUUGUUCGGCGAGGAUUCCACCGACGACGAUUUCGGGCUGUCAGUGCGAAAUGCAUUUGUGCAAAAAAAUGACGUCAUCAUCUGCUGCGAACCGUCCAUUGGUUUAUUUGUAUUCUGAUUCUGCCAAAUUUCAUAUAGGUGCAAUAGGCGAUCCUUGCUACCGUUCGUGCUCAGCAACCGAAGGCUUCUGA